AAUGGCAAGAGAAUCAACGAUGAGAAGAAAAGAUAAAUGUCAAGAUUCUGAAGAUAAGGAUAAGAUUAGUGGGUUGCCUGAUGAAUUACUCUUGAAGAUACUACUGCUUCUCCCAGCUAAAACUGCAGUUAGCACGAGUAUUUUAUCCAAGCGAUGGGAGUUUCUUUGGAUGUGGUUGCCUAAGCUUGAGUACGAUUGCUCUGAUUGUUCCGCUGCUGAGCAAGAGAGGUUAAAGCGUUUUAUAAAUCUGAAUUUGCCAUUUCAUAAAGCUCCAAUUAUAGAAAGCUUGCGUCUCAAGUUCAAUGGACCAGUACCAACAUUUGAGCCUCAAGCUAUCGAACUAUGGGUUGCAUUUGCAGUUUCUCACUGUAUCCGUGAGUUAAGUCUUGCCGUCAGAGUAAUUCAUUCAGUUUAUUUUAUGAGCCAGCCUCCUAGAUUGCCCAGUAUUUUGUAUAUCUGCAAAUCGCUAGUGAUCUUGAACCUGAAUGAUGAUGUUCUCAUCGAUGUUCCUCGCAUGGCAUGUCUCCCCUUCUUGAAAACUUUGCUCCUUCGACAUGUGACUUACUCAGAUGAGAAUUCUCUUACGAAACUCCUUUCCAGUUGCCCUGUUCUCGAAGAUCUAGUGUUGGAACGAAGUGAAUUUGACUAUUUUGAAACAUGGAAGUUAAAUGUCCCGUCCUUACAGAGACUAACUGUUGAGAUAUCAAGAACAAAUGAUUUUCGUGAGCUUGUCUUAAGAACUCCUUCUUUGAAGUAUUUCAAAGUUACUGAGGAUUAUAGUGAGAAUGGUAGUUACUCCUUCUCUUCUAACACUAUGCCCAAGCUGGAGGAAGUGGAAAUUGAUUCUGUAUACCUUGGUUUUGACAAGUUUGUUACAUCAAUCACAUUUGUUAAGCGGCUUUCAUUAUGCGUAGGAGCCAAUCCCCUUGAGGCGUUAUAUCGUGAGGGUAUUGUCUUCAAUAAUCUUAAACAUCUAAAGUUGUGUCAAUGUGAUUAUGAUUGGUCAAAGUUACUUGCCCAGUUACUCAAAGAUUCUCCAAAUUUACAAGAGCUGGAGGUCUAUCUGCAUGAUGGUCAUGAAGAGGGUUAUUUCCAUCCAAUGCUUCCCUGGGAGGAUGAACUAAAUUGUGUUCCCAAAUGUUUGUUAUCGAGUCUUGAAACUUUCAAGUGGACAAGGAUGUUUGGGACGGAGAAAGAGAGACAUCUGAUGAAAUAUAUCUUGAGAAAUGCUUGUUGCUUGAAGACUGCGACAAUCUUGUUUUUGGACGCUCCAGAGAGACAAGUUCCAGUUGAGAUGAUGAUCCAGGAUUUGUUACUCUCUCCUAGAGGUUCAACAACAUGCCAACUCAAUUGUUAUGAGUUAUAA